CGUGAAAGUUAUCUAUCUCUAUCUUUACAUUCACGGUGUUAAUACUUCCAUUCAAUCCGCAUCAUCAUCGAAAUUCUAUUAUCAUUAAUCAAACCCAAAAUCCUCUUUCUCACGGAACUUUCUCGACAAUUAGACGUAACUAACGCAGUACCUUCUCGUUCCUUCCUUUCUUUAUUUUUCUCUCACUUUCUCUCUCUUUCCUCAUCCUUUUAUUCUCAACCGAACCUUCUAGAAUCACCACAUUAACAUAACCCCUCUAUCUCUCUCUCUCCUAAACCUAACAAUCGCCGGCGAUUAUUUUUCGUCAUGGUUCCGCCUCCACCACCGGUGGACAACGGCGAAUCCACCGCAGCUGUUACAAUUACAACCCCCGCUAUGGACUCCCAGAGAUCUAUUCCGACGCCGUUUCUCACCAAAACCUAUAACCUAGUCGAGGAUAAAUCCAUCGACGACGUUAUUUCAUGGAACGAAGAUGGAUCCACCUUCAUCGUUUGGAACCCUACCGUUUUCGCUAGUAAUUUGCUUCCAAAAUAUUUCAAACACAAUAAUUUCUCAAGCUUCGUUCGUCAACUCAAUACUUAUGGAUUUAGAAAAGUAGUACCUGAUCGCUGGGAAUUCUCGAACGAUUGUUUCCGAAGAGGUGAGAAGCGCCUUCUAUGCGAGAUUCAGCGCCGGAAAAUCUGUUCUGCGGUCACGACAUCUGUUUCUGCUGUUACGACGGCGGGGGAGACCCCGACGGUUCCGGUUGCAGUUGCUUCACCUAUGCCGCUGACUGUAAUUCCUAUGGCGAUGCCGAUGGUUUCACCGUCGAAUUCUGGUGAAGAACAGGUGAUAUCAUCGAGUUCGUCUCCGUCGCGAGCGCCAUCGGAGCUUCUUGACGAGAACGAGAGAUUGAGGAAAGAAAAUGUUAUGCUGAACAAGGAACUUGCUGAGAUGAGAUUGCUUUGCAACAAUAUAUACACUCUCAUGUCAAGUUAUGCAAACAACAACAAUAGCAAUAACAAUAGCUGUAAUAAUAAUAAUAAUAAUCAAACGGACGGUGGCGCGCAAGGAAGCAGAGAGUCCGGUAUGACGGCAGUGAGGCCGUUGGAUUUGAUGCCGGCGAUGAAACGAAGCUCCGGCAUGGAAGAGGUGAAUCCGAAGCUGUUUGGCGUUGCUAUUGGAACGAAGCGAAUGAGAGAAAACGGUUGCGAAAGAGGAGAAAGAGGAAGAGAUGAUACACUGUUGCGACUACAUCAACCAGGUUCUCCGGAUGUGAAAUCAGAGCCGUUGGAUUGUCUGGAUAGUGAUCAAACGCCAUGGGUGAACCGGUGUACAAGAGCGAACGAGAGUUUAUGUAAAUGACACCUGGCGGUUUAGAUGCAGAGAUAAGUUUUAAUGGUUAGAUUAGAUGGUUAAUGGUUAUAGGGAAUCUCACGCGAAGGUGCACCUGAUAAUCUGUCACGUGUGUCGUUUAACCGUGUGGGACCGAUUCUCAGAAGAUACUAUUUUGUCCUUUUCUUUAUAUUUUCAAUUUUUAGGGGUAAUUCUUUUGUCAUGUACUAUAUUUAACUUUGCUGGAAGUAUCUAGAAUGUUAUUUUA